AUGAGAUGGCUGAAGGCCAGAAGAUUGAGGAGACCACCCAGGAAUAAAGACAGUGUAGUAUCGUUAAUACUUCUUUUAAUACAGAUUGACCAUUUUGGUUUUUUGGAGAAUGGCACAUUCAAACAGAGGUACCUUCUUAAUGACCAGCACUGGCACAAGGAAGGAGGCCCAAUCCUGUUUUACACGGGCAAUGAAGGAGACAUCUCAUGGUUCUGUAACAACACCGGUUUCAUGUGGGAUGUAGCAGAAGAGCUGGGAGCCAUGCUGGUUUUUGCUGAACAUCGCUACUAUGGAGAGUCUAUGCCGUUCGGCGAGGAAUCUUACAGUAAUGCAAAGUAUCUGAACUACCUGACCUCAGAACAGGCUUUAGCUGACUUUGCAGUGCUCAUCAAAGCUCUGAAAACAACCCUGCCUGGAGCUCAGAAGAGUUCGGUCAUCGCCAUUGGCGGCUCCUACGGCGGGAUGCUGGCGGCCUGGCUGAGGAUGAAAUAUCCCAGUGCAGUUGUAGGUGCUCUUGCCGCGUCUGCUCCCAUCUGGCAGUUCAUUGUGCCUUGUGGAGAGUUUUACAAAGUGGUCACCCAUGACUUCACCAUCAGUGGUACCAACUGUAGCAGCAACAUCAGGAGGUCAUGGGCGGCUAUUGACAGGGUCUCAGCAUCAGGUGAGGGUCUGCAGUGGCUGUCUCAGGAGUUUGGACUGUGUAGUUCUUUAAAGACUCCAGACGAAGUGUAUGGCUUCAAGGCUUGGCUGCAGGAAACCUGGGUGAACUUAGCCAUGGUGGAUUAUCCAUAUGAAGCCAACUUCCUCCAACCACUUCCAGCCUGGCCUGUUAAGGUGGUGUGCAAAAAUCUUCAUUUUGAUACCGGUGUAUCAGACAAACAGCUGUUGAAUGGUAUCUCUCUUGCCGUAAAAGUGUACUACAAUUACACGGGAGAUGCAGUCUGUCUCAACACCUCACAAACCGCUACUGGGAAUCUGGGCUUACUUGGUUGGUACUACCAGAGCUGCACAGAGAUGGUAAUGCCAAUGUGUACAGACGGCAUCAUUGACAUGUUUGAGCCACAGCCAUGGAACUUCCAGGCCUUCUCAGAUGAGUGCUACAACCAGUUUGGAGUGCGGCCACGGGAAGACUGGGCAGAAAUUGUAUACGGUGGGAGAAACAUAAGUGCUCACAGCAAUAUCAUCUUCAGUAAUGGAAAUCUUGAUCCAUGGAUGAGCGGUGGAGUGACCACGAGUCUUUCAGAAUCUCUGGUUGCCAUUAUGAUCGAUGGAGGUGCUCACCACCUUGAUCUGCGCUACAGCAACGAGUUUGACCCAGAGUCAGUUAUCAAAACACGGGCGUUAGAAGUACGCUACUUCAAGCAGUGGCUCAAUCAGGCAGCAACUACACAAUGAUAUGGAAUCAAGAUCAUUGAAAAUUUUAAGAAACAAGAAACACAAAAUGAACCGUUACUAUUUGCUAUGUGCCAAAGUUAGGGGUCAAGAGUUCAUUUACUUGGUACUUAAGUGGAAAAAAUACAGUUUUUAUCGGGGAGUGGAUGAUAAGUUCUUUUUGGGGAUAAUAAUGUUCCUUGUUUUGUUUUGUUUUUUGUUUGUUUGUGUGUGUGUGUGUGUGUGUGUGUGUGUGUGUGUGUGUUUAUGUGUGUUUUCAAACCAAGAAUGUGCAGUAGAUUUUUGAAGAAAAGUAAGGAACUGAAAGUGUCAGAAAACACCAAAUGCAAAACCACUCUGGGGAAGUGUGCUGUGCCAAAAUCUUAAAGUUGAAUUGUAGCAAUACUAAUCAUACAUAUUCACAGUCAGCUAUGGUUCUUAACUGAAGUAUGCUACAUUUUAAAGGGAUAGUUCACAAGAAAUUAAAAUGCACUCAUUUAUUUACCCUAAUAUCUUUUUAAGCUCAUAUGAUUGUUUUCUUCCAGGAACUCAAAAGGAAACUUUUUCUAGAAGAAAGGGACAAAAAAAUGAGUCCAUAUGACUCGUGUACCAUAUUUAGAGUUCCACAUUUUUAAAAUGUUAUGUGUUGUGAUUGGUUACUAGACAUACAAGAACCAAACUUAUAAUUUGAAAACCGCAGUAAAGGGGAUAAUUUACAUUUUGAUGUGUUUUUCUCACAAAGGUUUAGUAAAUCUUCAGAAUAUUUGGAAUAUAGUGAUGUAGACAAUGUUUAUGCUGGUUUUAUGUUUCUAUAUUGUUCUUUUUGGAGCUUAACAGCACACCCUGGUUGCUACAUGCCUCUGUUGCAUAGAAAACAACAAUAUGAACAUUCUUCAUACUCCUUUGGUGUUCCAUGGAAAAACAUCAUUAAGGUUUGGAACGAGAGUGUGAGUAAAUGAUGCCAGAAAUUUCAUUUUUGGGGGUAAACUAUUCCUUUUAUUCAAUUGAAACAUUUUAAGAAUAAUUUCUACUAUUUAGAACUCAAACAGUCUGAAUUAGUCAUUGAAAUUAGCUGGAUCUAUAGUGUUAUUUUCAAUGUACAGACAUAAUCACCUCAAGUCUACUGUUUUCUGAACAAACUGUGUAUACUUAUGCUUGUACUAGCUGGUUGGUGUUACCUGGUGGUUUUUUUUUUUUUUAAUGUUGCACUAUUUUUAAUGGAAAUGAUGCAUGAACAUGAAUAACAGAAUAAAUGCACAUGA